GUUUUAUCUACCAGGCCAUCUGUUCUGUCUGUUAAAGUGCAUUUAAAAAGGGCAGCUCAAGUCUGAGGCACCACAGGUUUGUAAAGUCAGUCUUGUGUUCAGCUUUACCCUCUCCACACAGUGACCUUGCCAAAGAGUAAUUUCUGGUCACACAGCAGCUGUGUUUAGAGUAGCAAAUACAAAUGAAAUAUUAACAUAACAAUGGAGGACUCUUUAAGCACUUUAAGUUAUGAAUUCAGUUCAUAAUCAACAUUAAUCAUAAUUUAAUGGUACUAUAUAUAAAGUAUAUAGUACAUAUAGUGAGACCCCCUGCUGGUGUCUUGUAUGGGUCAAUGCAACACCCGAAAACACAUUUUUACAGUCUGUGUCAAGCCUGAGAUGAUGUCAGUAAAGGCUCAUAACUUGUGAUUGGGUGAAUUGUCAAACUUCGUUACUAACUUUAUUUUGCUGACACCUCACACUAACCUUUUCUAAGUGAAAUGAAGCAUUAGGUGCCAUUCAACUAACACUUUGCAGAUACACUAACUCUUCAAAGCACUUUAAUGCAUAACAGAUGGCUUUCCUUUACUAUGUAGAAUUUGUUGCUACUGUUGUUGCUCAGCAUUACUAAAAUGGCCAAACUGAAAAUAAAGAAGUUGUGUGCUGAAAAGGAAUACCCUGACUUAAGUCAACACAGCAACCACAUGGCCAAGGUCUUAACCAAGGACAUGUACAAGACACUGAGAGAGCACUCUACGCCCAAUGGAUUCGCCAUAGAUGGUUUCAUGCAGGCUGGGGUUUAUAAUCUUGGCCACCCAUUUAUCAUGACAGUGGGCUGCGUGGCAGGAGAUGAGGAGACCUAUGAAGUUUUUAAGGAGCUGCUGGACCCUGUCAUUGAGGACCGACAUGGAGGAUACAAGCCCACAGAUAAACACAAGACUGACCUGAACCCUGAACAUCUGAAGGGUGGGGAUGACCUGGACCCCAACUACGUCCUCAGCUCCCGAGUCCGAACCGGCAGGAGCAUCCGUGGGUUCUGCCUGCCCCCCCACUGCAGCCGUGGAGAGCGGCGUGGCAUUGAGAAACUCUCCAUUGAAGCAUUAAGUGCCCUGGAUGGGGACCUGAAAGGCAAAUACUACGCCCUGAAGAACAUGACAGAGCAAGAGCAGCAGCAGCUAAUUGAUGACCACUUCCUGUUUGACAAGCCUGUUUCUCCCUUGUUGCUGGCUUCUGGAAUGGCGCGUGACUGGCCCGAUGCCAGAGGAAUCUGGCACAAUGACAAUAAGACUUUCCUAGUCUGGAUCAACGAGGAGGAUCACCUCCGAGUCAUUUCCAUGCAGAAGGGAGGGAACAUGAGGGAGGUCUUCACCCGCUUCUGCACUGGCCUCACCAAGAUUGAGUCCCUGUUCAAGCAGAAGGGCCAUGAGUUCAUGUGGAACGAGCACUUGGGCUACGUCCUGACCUGCCCCUCGAACCUGGGCACUGGCCUCCGUGGCGGAGUACACGUGAAGCUGCCCAACGUCAGCAAACAUGACAAAUUUGGCGAGAUUCUGAAAAGACUGAGACUCCAGAAGCGUGGAACAGGUGGUGUGGACACCGCAGCUGUGGGCGGAGUCUUCGACAUCUCCAACGCUGACCGCCUGGGCUUCUCUGAGGUGGAGCUGGUGCAGAUGGUGGUGGAUGGAGUCAAGCUGCUGGUAGAGAUGGAGAAGCGUCUGGAGAAGGGCCAGUCCAUCGAUGACCUCAUGCCUGCGCAGAAGUGAACCUUUAGUGUGUUACACCCGACCCUUCCUGCAGCCCCUCCCGACCCCCAACUGUACCCCA